AUGCCUUCUCAUACUACUGUAAUUGUUAUUAUAUCUACGAAGGAGAACUUUAGCUCUUUAACGCAAGGUUUUGCCAAGUAUCAAAUAUCUGAGAACGAUUUUAAGAUCGUUCAUUGGAAAUAUUUUUAUCCCUUUAAUCAACCUUAUACUGAAUUUUCGGUUGGAGAUAUU